GCGGGAAGAGUGGGCUCCAUCAACAGUUCAAAGUCAAACCACUAACUGAAAUGGCCCGUGUCGGUACAUCAUUUCGGGACGUUUUAAAAUCAUGGAAGAUCUCUGUCAAGAAUUUCAAUUGUACGUCCGUUAGAUCUCAAGCAACAGCUACAUCGAGUUUGAAGGAUGUUAUGAAGGCAAUUGUUCCAGAAAAGCAGAAAGAAGUUGCAGAAUUUAGAAAAGAAUGUGCUGAUAAAGUUGUUGCGCAAUAUAAUGUUGAUCAGAUAUAUGGUGGAAUGCGUGGAAUCAUUGGCCUUGUCACUGAGACAUCAUUAUUGGAUCCAGAAGAGGGCAUUCGUUUUCGAGGAUAUUCUAUCCCAGAAUGCCAGAAGCUCUUAUCUACAGUCGAAGGUGGUACACAAAUGUUACCUGAAGCCAUGUUUUGGUUGCUAAUCACUGGUAAAAUACCUACAACUGAACAGGCAAAGUCUUUGUCCGAUGAAUGGGCAUCUAGAGCAGAUCUUCCUCCACACGUUGUCCAGUUAUUGAAUGAUUUUCCCUCAGAACUUCAUCCUAUGAGUCAAUUGAGCGCUGCAAUUACAGCAAUGAACUCUGAAAGUCAUUUUGCAAAAGGAUAUGGUGAUGGCAUAAAGAAAAGUGAAUACUGGGAGUAUACAUUCGAAGACGCUAUGGACCUUAUAGCUAAACUGCCGACCGUCGCGGCUGUUAUAUACCGCAAUGUAUACCGGGAUGGCAAGGUUGCACCCAUAGAUCCUCAAAAGGAUUGGUCAGGAAAUCUGGCAACCAUGCUGGGUUUUGAUAGCCCUGAGUUUUCCGAAAUGCUACGAAUGUACCUGGCAAUACAUGUUGAUCAUGAGGGUGGUAAUGUGAGCGCUCAUUGUACUCAUCUUGUUGGUAGUGCUCUGUCAGAUCCAUAUCUUUGCUUUGCUGCUGGAAUGAAUGGUCUUGCUGGACCUCUACAUGGACUUGCUAACCAGGAAGUUUUGAUUUGGUUAACUAAACUUGUGGAAAAUCUAGGUCAGGACCCCAGUGAGGAAGAAGUAAAAAAAUAUUGUCUUGAAUCUUUAAAGACUGGAGUUAUCCCUGGCUUUGGACACGCUGUCCUCCGUAAAACUGACCCACGAUACACCUGUCAAAGAGAAUUCUGUUUAAAACAUAUGCCUAACGAUCCUUUGUUCAAAGUUGUUAGUAAACUGUAUGAUAUCGUUCCUGACGUGUUAUUAGAACAGGGAAAAGCGAAAAAUCCAUGGCCCAAUGUCGAUGCUCAUAGUGGAGUACUUUUAACGUACUACGGCUUGAGAGAAAUGAAUUACUAUACAGUCUUGUUUGGUGUAUCUCGAGCGAUUGGUGUUAUGGCAUCACUGGUGUGGGAUAGAGCACUUGGUUUACCCAUUGAAAGACCUAAAAGUAUUACUACAGAAGCCUUGAAAGAAAUGGUUCUCAAGAAAUAACACUAACCUUCCUUUAGGAUAAAGUCCAAGAAAUACCUGAGCUUCUCACCAACAUUUUUAUCAUAAAUAAAUUGGUCACAAAUCAUCUGUACUAUUCCGUAUUAAAGUAAUUAUAGCACCAUAAAUAAAUCACACAAUUGUUGAUUUCCUCCACUUUGCCUUUUCUACUCUCCUUAUCAAUGAUAAUAAAAAAUAAUUUCUCAAACUUA